ACUGUCCAGGAAUGGACUUGCCAGUAAUGGUGGGACUCACCUGCCUUGUGGGCUGCAAUACAGGGCUGGCCAGCGGGUGCUCCCAGCAAUCAGAGACUCAACCUGCAGCCAGCCAAACACCUGAAGCUGAUUAUGCAAGGGGUAAGGGUGGCCAGACCUGCAGUCUCUGCCUUGGUGUGUGUUUUUCCUGGGCCCUGUAUCCUGUUCCUGCAUUCCUGUUCCUGUCCCUGUCUGACUGACUCGUUGCUGACCCUGCCUGAUCUAGGACCUCUGCUGACUUCUCCUGUUUUCAUCCCUGGCUUGUGACCCCGACCAUUCUCUGCCUGACCCCUGUACCUACCUGCCCGAUUGUUAUUGACCCUGGCCCUGCCUGACGACGCUUGCA